AGAACCGUCACUUACCGUUACGUACAAAUGUUUACCUAUUUGAUGUGUUAAAUCCUACAUUAAAAAACAAAUGGUAUCGUGUUUUCUCGACUUCUAAAUCAUGACUGAACACGGGAUACGGAGUACGAGCAUGGACGACCUGAGCAGGAUAUCUGGUAUUUCAAAUAUAUCUCGGAUAUCCAAGGCAAACAAUUCAACUCUGUACAAAUGGGAUGUGACAAGUAAUGUCUCGGAAUGGCGAAGUUGUCGUGAUAUUACCCGAAGUUUCACCACAGACAGCCAAAAGGGAGAAUUAAAAAGACUGUCAGAAUCAGCUAAAGUCAGCAAAGUGCUUGCUGCCUGUGAAGAGAGUACCUGUGAAUAUGCCAAACAGAAGCUCAUUUAUGAUUGUCUUGUGAAUAUUGUUGAUAACAAGAGUAACAUCCUUGAAGCUGAUACCAUGAAAAAGUUGAUGGAUUUUAUAAUAAUUAACAAAGUGAAAAAGUGCCUCUACUUACCUAAUCAUUCGAAAGAUGUAAAGGAUGAACUGACUCUCCUAGGAAUCAUCGACCUCCCACAACAUGAAUUUAAUUAUGAGGAACAGUUGUCGAUAAAAAGCAGCUUGGAAGCUGAGUUGAGGGAAAGGAUACACAGCUUUUUGACUACGUAUGAAAAUGCGGCAGGAUCAACAAAGGAAGCAAUAAAGAGUAAUGAGUCGCUGAUUCGGUCAAGAUUCCAACAAAAUGGUGAGUUAGAUAACUUAAGUUGGGGAGACAAAAUCAACGAAGUUUGUCUGGAACAUAAAAGAGACUUGGUUUAUUGUUUAAAAUCGUUAAAAAGAUGGCAUGAGUUAAAAUGCGAAAUCCAAGAAAAAAGUCUAAAAGAUACAGAGAGCUUACUUCUUCAGUCUAAGAUAGCAGAACUAAAAGCCAUGAUUACAAAAUUAUCCUGUACCAUACGUAUGUACAAAGAAACGCCAGUAACGAUUGAUGCUUUUCGAGCUCUUAGCAGCACUUUGGAUGAAAGGAUUGCUAAUGUCAGUGAUGAAAUAGCUGAGAAGACUGAACUGAAAAAAGCCUAUGAUGCAUUAAAUGGUACGGAGUACGACGAAAUCUUAAGGAAAUAUUUAGAAACAUGUCGUGUCAUAAGUAAAAAAAAGAAUUUAUUAGAUAAAUUUGAAACCGAUGCUAUUUAGUUUAUAGCUUUUAAAACAUAAAUGUUGAAUUAAUAAAUUUUUUAGAAGAAAAAAUCAAUAACUUUUUAU